AUGGAAUCCAUCAUGGGUACCGAGAUGUCUCAUCAGCAGAACGACGAUCAUACAUCCCAGCCGUCCCAGGAUGGCUCACAGAGUUGCGAGAUGUGGAUGUUCGAACACAUAGUUGAUGCCAUGACACAGUUGAGAUCGAUAUGGACUGAGAUCAACGCGCCUCCCCCGGCUACGAUCGAGCGAUACAUAGUGUUGUCCGCCUCCGAAACACUUCACGAUUCAGAAUGCCCUAUUUGCCAGGGGGACUAUGACGAGGAUCAGCAUGCGCCGAAGACGAAGAAGAACAUGUGUAUGAAGUCUUCUACGACGAAGAAGAAGAAGAACUUGAAGCAGAACUUGAAGCAAGACUUGAAGCAGCAUUUGGAGAAGAACUCGAAGAAGAACAAGAAGAAGAACAAGAAGAAGAACAAGAAGAAGAAAAUGAAGAAGAACAUGAAGAUGAAGAUGAAGAAGAAGAGGAAGAAGAGGAAUGGGAAUGGGAAUGGGAAGAGGAAGAAGCUGAACAAGUCCUCAGUCCGCAACAGCGUGAACAACGCGAUAGGCACUGGGCAAACUUAA